CGCGAUUUUCUUUGCGGCGCCCGCCGAGCGACCGUCUCAGACAGGGCUUCUUUGUCUGGUUCGGUCGCCACCGAAUUAGGCGACCGCCGCUGCGUCUAGGUUUUCGCGCCUGCCCGCUCGACUUCGUCUGCAUCAACCCAGCAACGGUUCAUCAUGUCCUUCCACCCUCAGACACCGCAAAGUCCCUCCCAGCUCUCUCCCGGCACGAGCGACCUGACCAUGAGCUUGACCGGCUCUGCUGCAUCGACCAUAGCCACGCUGCCAACCCCCGCCCACAGCGUUAACGGAAGCUCGCUCCCGUCGGAAAUGGUUCAAGAUACUGCGAUGGGGGAAGACUCCCCGCACAAGCGCAAGCGUGAAGUUGACGACGUCGGCGAGAGAGCACAGAAGAAAGCCCACGUCGAGGACCGCAAUCUUGGUAUCAACGACCCGAAUCUGGAUGUCGGCGAGAAAUACCUUCUUUGCAGAACUCCGCACCCUCCGGCCCGGCCUGACCUCUCGGAGGACCUCUUUGAAAUGUACGGCUUGACGGGACUCGCUUCCGAGGUCGCCCGUGUGCUGCCUAACGGCGAAAAGAAUGCGCUUAGGAAAACGUAUAAAGGCCACAUCAAGAGGCUCGGUGUGCAAGGGCACUUUGACGAGGUCAAGGAGGAUCCGUUCCGGCACGAAGGGUUGCUGUCGCUCAUGAAGUUCCCUCAGGAUGUGUGGGACGUGCACUACGUCCGCGGCAAGGAUAUCCGCGACGGGUUGGGGAGCGAGGCGCGGCAGAAACUGUUGAGAGCUACGACCAUGGCCAAGGGCUUUGUGCCAAAGGCCCUGUGGGAUCAUUCGGUGCUGGGAGAACUCGGGCCUGGGAAGGGCGACAAGCAAGCACUGUCGGCGAGGCCGACGGCGCCCAACACGCCUCUCCCUUCUGCUGGCCUACAAGCUGUACCGCGGGCCAAGGUGGGCACGCCAGUCGCGCAGGAGCGAUCGAUGCGGAACAUCAAGAAACGAAGCUACGGUGACAGCAGCUUCGAAGGCUACGGCGAGGGCUUUCCGGAUGAGGAGACCGGUGCCGAAGCAGGCUACUCGACCGGAGAAGGCGAUAUGGUCUCUGGUCAAAAGCGGAGAAAAAAGGUGCUCAUCAACGGCUGAGAUCGUGUCUGAUGAGAGACCUUGACUGACGCACCAGACAGACCCAUCCGGCCAACAAGCCGUACGCCAACCAGGCCCGGCCGCCGGCCUAUGGCGCUGGCAUCACGGGGACCUAGGAGUCUACCAGCGUGACGCCAUGCAGCCAGUCUGUUGAGCCGCGCCGUGGAGGAGGCAGACCCCGUUUGCAGCGGACUCAGCAUGCUGUCUGAUCAGUUUUCAGGGUGAUACCUGGCGGACCCGGUUGACCAGACAUCUCUCGCAGCACAGCAGAACAAUUCCCUCACCUUUUUGUCCUGCGCGCUACUGAAGUCAGAGAAAGGCAACAACC